AUGGCAGGAAAUGGCAUAAAUUCCACUCCUCAACCCUUAAUUCCCAUUUUCAAAGGGGAAAAAUAUCAUCUUUGGAGUCUUAAAAUGAAGACUAUGUUUAAAUCCCAAGAAUUGUGGGAUUUGGUGGAGAACAGUUAUGAAGAAUCGACUCCGACACCGGUUGUGCCCAAUCAACAGUUGAGGGAGACCCGCAAGAAAGAUGCUAAGGCGUUGUUUUUCAUUCAAUCAGCAUUGGAUGAUGAUAUCUUUCCCCGUAUUUCAGCCGCUAGUAGUUCUCAUGAGGCAUGGGAGAUACUCAAACAGGAGUAUUUGGGUGAUCAGAGGGUAACUAAGGUAAGAUUGCAAACUCUUCGUCGUGAUUUUGCCGAAUUAGUCAUGGGUGAUAAGGAGUCUGUUCAAAAUUACCUCUCUAAAGUGACCAAUAUUGUUAUUCAAAUGAGGUCUUAUGGUGAAAAAAUUAGCAAUGAAGAUGUUGUGGGCAAGGUUUUGCGGAGCCUCAAUAAGAAUUGGGAUAAUGUUGUCCCUGCCAUUGAAGAAUCAAAGGAUAUGUCUUCUUAUACCUUUGAUGAAUUAAUGGGCUCUUUAUUAGCUCAUGAAAGCAGGGUUAGAAAAACAAGUGAUAAGGUAGAAGAGAAGGUCUUUCAAGUGAAGGGGGAGUCUUCUUAUAAGGAGAAGACAAAAAUUUUUGGUGAGUCUUCCUAUAAAGGGCAGACAAAUUAUUCUGGCCGUGGACAUGGAAGAGGUGGUUUUCACGGUCGUGGUCGCAGUGGCAGCAGAGGAAGAGGACGUUCUUAUGAAGGGCGUCAUGACAAGAAAUCCUUCCAGUGCAAUUACUGUCAAAAGUUUGGUUACAAGGAGGCAUAUUGUUGGGCUAAACAAAAGAAUGCACAAAAGGCAAAUUUUGCAUAA